GAUAGCUGGGAUGGGGAUUCGCUUGCUGUGCCGUGCUGCGAGCAGGAGCCCGCUGCAGGAUUUGGGGCUGUUUGGGCCCAAAGGGAGACUAAACCCUCACUGUAACCACCCGUCCCAGACGCAGCCUGGGUAGCGUCUCCCCAGCGCGUAUAGCUCCCAGGGCAGGCACCAUCCGUGUGAGGAUGGUGCCAAAUCCACUCUCCCAUCUCCUCCGCAGGUCUCUUCUCCUCCUGGCCCUGUGGUGCUGCGUCCUGGGGGGGAGGCUGAGGACAUGGUGGUCCUGCGGGCUGGGCUCUGCCCUGGUCUCACCGAAGAGAUGAUCCAGCUUCUCAGGGCGAACGGCAUCAGGACAGUGGUGGACUUUGUGUCAUCAGACCUGGAGGAUGUUGCCCAGAAGUGUUCCCUGUCUUACAAGGCACUGGUUGCAGUGAGACGUGUGCUCCUGGCCCAGUUCUCUGCCUUCCCCACCAAUGGAGCAGACCUCUUUGAGGAGCUCAAGAGCUCCACGGCCAUCCUGCCCACUGGGAGCCCAAGCCUGGACCAGCUGCUGGACUCCGGGCUGUACACAGGGGAAGUGACAGAGCUCAUGGGAGCGCCAGGCAGUGGGAAGACGCAGGUGUGCCUGGGCAUUGCAGCCAGCGUGUCUCUUGGCCUCAAGCAGCAUGUCCUGUUUCUUGACUCCACGGGGGGGUUCACAGCCUCCCGACUCUACCAGAUACUUCGAGCCCGGGCAGAGGAUGGAGAAGAACAGGCAAAGGCUCUGCAGCGGAUCCAGGUGGUCCGUGUGUUCAACAUCUAUGAAAUGCUGAGCGCCUUGCAGGAGCUGCGGGAUCGCCUCUCCCAGCAGGUUGUGAGCUCCAUGGGACCUCUCAAGAUCGUAGUGAUUGACUCGGUCUCGGCUGUGAUUUACCCGCUGCUGGGCGGCAAGCACUCAGAGGGUUUGGCCAUCAUGAUGCAGCUGGCCAGGGAGCUGAAGACACUAGCCAAGGAGUUCAGCCUUGCCGUUGUGGUGACUAACCAGGUCACAAGGGAGAGCAGCACCGGUCCGCUGAAGCCAGCCCUCGGCCGCUCCUGGAGUUUUGUGCCCAGCACCCGGGUGUUGCUGGAGAGCAAAGAAGCCACCUGGGAGAAAGCCACCACGCAGCGUGUCGCUUCCUUGGCAAAGUCAUCCCGGCAGCCAACAGGGAUACAGGUGGAGCUGGAUAUUGGAAAUGGUGAUGUGCAGGAGCUGAGCCCAGCAACACCGACACAGGGGCUCUGAUGUGGGUGGAAAAGCAAAUGUCAAGGUCCAAGAGAGCUGCAAAAAAGCAGACAAGCACACAGUUUUACAGACUGCCUCAGAAUCCUGUAGCCCUGGGAAGGACCAACAUGAAGAAGCUCUUGUUCUUCUGUGCUGCAGGGAAAAUGAGUGUGGGGUUCCCUGGAGAUCUCCUUGCCUCAGCAGAUGCUGCCUGCAGUGGCUGGGCUGUGUGGGCAGCAUGACAACUGGGUUCUCUCCUCUGCUGCAGGCUUGUCUUCAACCAGCAGAGCCAGCCCUGCCCUAAGGUGUUGGCCUGGGACCAGCUGGCACGUCCCUGCGCAAACCCAUGACUCCUCGUGCUGGGUUUGUUCCCCCAUAACUCGCUGCCCGAUAGUCCUUGGGCAGUCCACUGUGGUCUUGGUUCUGAAAUUAAAAAAUGUUGUACACUGC